AUGAGCCUUCAGCUCGUUCAAAGCUAUGAUUCAGACGAGGACGAAGCGCGUUUAAGGAGCGCCGCUUUCGUGCAGGGGGGCGAUUCGUCGGAUUCUUCAGGCAGCGAUUCGGAAGAAGCGGAAGAUGCGGAGGCAGAAGAUAAGACGGAUGGAGGAAACCAGGAAGAAGCUUCGCGGGCGAGGGAGGACAACGGGGGGAAGGAAAGCGCGGGAGGAGUGGCGGCGACGACCGGUAGAAUAGGCGGCGCGAGACGAACGGCCGUCGGGUUCCUGCCGGAGAAAGGACCCUCGGGAUUGCCGUCCGCUGCAGCUGCGUUUGAAGCGGUAGAGGGACCACCCUCCUUCCUCGCCCCCACAGCCCUCUCCCACCACUUGCACAUAGCCCGUUCCGGCAAGCUCGUCGCCAUGGGUUCGGCCAAUGAGGAGGCGCCACGUGGCAUUGUGUCAGUCGCCGGGGCGCCUGCAGCUUCUCCUGGAGCCGUGGUGUUCCGAGAGAGGCGGGCAGGGGGCGUUGGCAGUGGGGUACGGGAGAUUGUAGCAGCACCUGUGAGAAACCCGAACGCCCCUGCUGCUGCAGUAGAAGAGGGAGAAGAGGCAGCAGAGGGUGCUGACGCAGCAAAUGGGGACGCGCCACGUGGCAGAAAGGCAGUUGGCGUGUCAAUGCCUCCUAAAGCUGAUGCUGUGGAUUUACUCAGGAUCUGCCCGACCUGUCAGGUUCCCAAAACUCCUUCCUCCGGGCAGGGUGUGGUCUGCCCGAUUUGCCGCGAUAGGCCAGCAGGAGCCACCGACGCGGCUGCGGGCAGAGAGGAAGCGAAAAAACGGGACGGAGAUAGCAAAGUCAAGGACAAGGAGAAAUCGAAGCGAAUGAAGGGCCAAUCGUCGCAUGCCACAUGGAAGAGCUCGGCUUGUGCCAUCCUUCGGCAGUCGCAGCGGAUGUACUGCGACCGGAACGCCAUACCCUGGGGUGAUAGACAGGAAGCGCCCCCUGCGCGCUUGAGCUGGGAGGCCGCUAUGGAGCACAACACGGGCCUAGUGGCGGGCAGCCACAAUCGCAACCACUUAGUCGUUAUCCGCAAGGAUUCCCAAGUGACGCACAACCCAACGUUCAAUCCGAUCAUCUGCCAGAUCUGUGGCGACGAUGUGGGUCAAUUCGUGGAAGGCGGAAUCUUCGUGGCGUGCCACGAGUGCGCGUACCCCGUGUGCCGCCCCUGCUACGACUACGAGCGCAAGGAGGGCAGCCGCGCGUGCCCACAGUGCAAGACGUUCUAUAAGCGAUACAAGGGGAGCCCGCGCAUUGACGAAGAUGACGACGACGAGGACGACGACGAGGAGAGGAGCGACCGCGAAGGCGACAGGGGCGGCGCAUCGCUGGACGUCCCUACGACGUCGUACGCGUCGUACGUGUCGCACAACGCGCAGGCGUCGUCGCAGUAUCCGAUGCUGACAUCCAACCAGGUCAACCCGGACCAGUCCGUCGCAACGGAGUACAAUCCGGGGGCCAUGGUGCCGGCCGGUACGAUUCCGCCGCCCUCGGACUACAACAAGUACGAGCGUACGCCCAGUCGUACGCCCAGCCAGACACCGAGCGCCAACGACAUGGCCAUGGAGCUCCGUGCCCCCAGCUACGGCUACGGCAGCGUCGUCUGGAAGGAUCGCGUGGAGUCGUGGAAGCAGCAGCAGGGUCGCAUGGUUGUCGGCGACGGCAACGGCGCAGCCGAAGUUUCCGCAGGCGCCACUCCGGAAGGCGACCUCCCGUCCAUGGAUGAGUCCCGUCAGCCGCUGUCGCGCAAGGUUCAUUAUCCGUCGUCGCUCAUCAGCCCGUACCGCCUGGUUAUUGUGAUUCGUCUGGUGGUUCUCGUUUUCUUCCUUCGCUGGCGGUGCCUGAAUCCCGUCGACGGGGCGUGGUGGCUGUGGCUGAUUUCGGUUAUUUGCGAAGUUUGGUUCGCGUUUUCCUGGAUUCUCGAUCAGUUUCCGAAAUGGAUGCCAAUCAAGCGAGAGACGUAUCUGGACCGUCUGGCGCUGCGUUUCGAUCGCAAGGGCGAGCCUUCGCAGCUGUCGCCCGUCGAUUUCUUCGUAUCGACGGUGGACCCGCAGAAGGAGCCCCCGCUCACCACGGCCAACACUCUCCUUUCCAUCCUGUCCGUUGAUUAUCCCGUUGAGAAAGUCUCGGCAUACGUGCACGACGAUGGCGGCGCGAUGCUGACUUUCGAUGCGAUGGGCGAAACGGCGGAAUUUGCGAGGCGCUGGGUUCCUUUCGCGAAGAGGUACAGCAUCGAGCCGCGGGCACCCGAAGUGUACUUCACGCAGAAAGUCGACUACCUCAAGGACAAGGUUGACCAAGAUUUCGUCAAGGAUCGUCGCCAAAUGAAGAGGGAUUAUGAGGAGUUCAAGAUCCGCAUCAACGCUCUCGUCGCGCGUUCCCACAAGAUGCCUGAAGAUGGCUGGGUGAUGCAGGACGGCACGCCGUGGCCCGGCAGCAAAUCGCGCGACCAUCCCGGCAUGAUCCAGGUCUUCCUCGGCCCGAGCGGCGGAACCGACGUGGACGGUAACCCGCUUCCGCGACUCGUGUACGUGUCUCGCGAGAAGCGCCCGGGCUACAACCACCACAAGAAGGCCGGUGCGAUGAACGCGCUGAUUCGCGUGUCGGCGAUUCUCUCCAACGCGCCCUACAUGCUCAAUCUCGAUUGCGAUCAUUACCUGAACGACAGCAAGGCGCUGCGCGAGGCCAUGUGCUUCAUGAUGGACCCGAACGUGGGCAAGAAGUGCUGCUACGUGCAGUUCCCGCAGCGGUUCGACGGCAUUGACCCCAACGAUCGUUACGCCAACCACAACACCGUCUUCUUCGAUAUCAACUUGCCUGGUCUCGACGGUGUUCAGGGCCCCUGCUACGUGGGUACGGGUUGCUGCUUCCGUCGCCACGCGCUGUACGGCUACGAGCCGCCCAAGAAGGAGAAGAAGGCGCGGUGCAACGGGCUGCUGUGCUCGUGCUUCAGCUGCUGCGCGGGCGACCGCGGCAAGGAGGGCGCAGGAAGCAAGCGCAAGAAGCUUCCGGACGGCACGCCGCUGCCCGCGGGGGCUGAGGCCUUCCUGGGAGACGACGAUGUGGAGGGAGAUAGCCUCUUGGCGCUCAAGAAGUUUGAGAAGAAAUUUGGUCAGUCGCCCGUCUUCGUGCUCUCGACCUUCCACGAGGAGGGAGGCGGCGUGGCUUCUGCUAGUCCCGGGUCCACUCUUAAAGAGGCCAUCCACGUCAUCUCGUGCGGCUACGAGGAGAAGACCGAGUGGGGCAAGGAGCUUGGCUGGAUCUACGGGUCGGUCACUGAGGAUAUUCUGACGGGCUUUAAGAUGCACGCACGCGGCUGGCGCUCCAUCUACUGCAAGCCGAAGCGCGCCACCUUCAAGGGAGGCGCGCCUAUCAAUCUGUCCGACCGUCUGCAGCAAGUGCUUCGGUGGGCGCUGGGUUCGGUAGAAAUCUUCCUGUCCCGCCAUUGCCCCAUCUGGUACGGCUGGAAGGGCAACCGCCUCAAGAUGCUUCAGCGGCUCUCCUACAUCAACACCGUGGUUUACCCGUUCACGUCCUUCCCGCUGCUCAUGUACUGCAUGCUGCCCGCCAUCUGCCUCCUCACCAACAAAUUCAUCAUCCCGUACCUCGACACGGUCUCCACGCUCUACUUCAUCGCGCUUUUCCUCAGCAUCUUUGCAACGGGGCUGCUUGAAAUGAGGUGGUCCAAGGGCAUGCUGAAAGUGCUAGCUGGCAUCGACACCAAUUUCACGGUUACAGCUAAGCAGGCGGAGGAUGGCGAGUUUGCUGAGCUGUACCUCUUCAAGUGGACGUCUCUCCUGAUCCCUCCCCUCUUCCUCAUUGUCUUCAACGCCCUCGGGAUUGUCGCGGGAGUUGCAGUUGCAAUGAACUCGGGAACUGCUGAGUGGGGCGAUCUCUUCGGAAAGCUCUUCUUCGCCUUUUGGGUGAUUGUGCACCUUUACCCUUUCAUGAAGGGUCUCGGAGGGCGCAACGCCAAGAUCCCCACGAUCGUGAUCGUGUGGUCGGUGCUGCUCGCCUCCAUCUUCUCCCUCCUCUGGGUCAAGAUCAGCCCCUUCACCCCCAAACAGGAAGGCCCUUCGCUUGAGUCCUGCGGCAUUUCCUGCUAG